AAGGAAACCAUACAUAAAUCCUCUCAUUUUUUUCUCCCUCUGUGUUGCCUCCAAAAUUCUGGAACAAGGAAAGGGAGGAAUAAACCUUGCUCAAAAUAGUUCUAUUUUAUUAUCAUCAAUCAUAUCUGAGUCAUUUUGAAACUCUUCAUUGUAUCAAUCUUAGUCACAAUGGCAACAUUUUUCCGAAGAAUGGCGAUCAGAUAUAUUUUUCUGACAUUGUUUUUCUCUGCAGAUAUUGGAUUUCUUGGACGUGUUACAUCAUUUGGAAUCAAUUACGGCCAAGUGGCUAACAAUUUGCCGUCACCGAACAAAGUGCUUGAACUCUUCAGCAACCUUAAGGUCACGAAAACAAGAAUUUAUGACACCAAUCCGGAGAUUUUGAGUGCUUUUGCUAAAUCAAACGUUGAGGUCAUUGUGACAGUAGAAAAUCAAAUGCUAAUCCAGUUAAAUGACCCCCAACAAGCCCUUCAAUGGGUGAAUGGCCAUAUCAAACCGUACCUUCCAGACACAAAAAUCACUGGUAUUCAGGUAGGAAAUGAGUUAUUCACUAAUGGUGAUACCACUCUUAUUCAGUAUCUAGUACCUGCAGUGGUUAACAUUCACAAUGCUCUAGUUCAGCUAGGCAUAGACUCUAACAUCCACGUUUCAACACCAAGUUCCUUAGAAGUGCUUCAGGAAUCUUACCCUCCUUCAGCUGGCAGUUUCAAAAAUGAGAUCUCUGGGAUAAUGUCCCAGUUUUUGAGCUUCUUGUCCACCACUAAGGCACCCUUUUGGAUCAAUGCUUAUCCUUACUUCGCUUACAAGGAUGACCCUAGUAGGAUUCCAUUGGACUAUGUAUUAUUUAAUCCUAAUGAAGGAAUGGUUGACCCCAACACCAACCUACACUAUGAUAACAUGCUUUAUGCUCAGGUAGAUGCUGUCACAUUUGCCAUUGCUAGAUUGAACUUUAGUGGGAUUGAGGUAAGGGUCUCUGAGACUGGUUGGCCAUCCAAAGGAGACCUUAAUGAGGUCGGUGCCACACUACAGAAUGCUCAAACUUAUAAUAGAAAUUUGCUGAGAAGGCAAAUGGCAAAUGAAGGGACACCUCUGAGUCCAAGAAUGAGGUUGGAAGCAUACUUUUUUGCAUUGUUCAAUGAAGACAUGAAGACAGGAGCAACCUCUGAAAGGAACUAUGGCCUAUUUCAGCCUGAUGAAACCAUGACAUACAAUGUAGGGUUGGCUGCUUUUGCAUCCUCAUCCACUUCAUCCACUUCAAUUUCUCUUACCUCCUCUGCAACUAACACGAAGAAAUCAGGAGCAACACUAACACUUUCUUAACAAUGGGGCAACAAAAUCUGCAACACGGCGAAGAGUUCAACUCAUUUGGAGGAUCAUCAUCACCUUUCACUGUGGCUUCACUUUCACCCACUUACCCCACCACUAGUCACAUUCCAGCAACAACCAUGUGGCGGUGACGUUAGGUUGAGCUUGUUUUAGAUAGAUAAGGUCCAAAAGCCACAUCAUUUUUUAUUACCUGACAUUAUUUGGAAUUGUCAAAUAGGAAAUGUGUUUGUAUAUUGCUGGUUUUGUACCAUUUAUUUCAUUUCAUUCAUCCAGUCCAAAGGCAUAUGAGGCUGUAAGACAUGUCUGCCUUGAGCUCGUCUAAUUGGAUGCUAAGAAAAGCCCCCUGUUAUGGGACGUGGAAUCCAUGACUGUUCUCAUUUGUAUAUAUAAAUGUAAAAGUAAUUCCUGAUACACCAUUCUUUUC